GAGAACGAUUCGUUGAGGAAUCGGACCUCGCUGCCUCGCUGCCUCAGUGCUGGGCUGCGGACAACGCCUGUUUGUGCGAGCUGCACCUGCGUGUCCUGAAGCUGCCGAGGGGAGACUGCUUUCUGCCUUCGGCCGGAUCGGGACGUGUUUUUAGGCAGAGACACCGGCGCCGUCGCUCCCGCGUCGCGGCCGUUCGCUCGUCUUUGUGUUGUCCUCGCAGAGGAGGCUGCUGACAGCAUGGCGUAAAGAUGAGUUUCAUGGCAGGCGGAUGGCCGCGUUUGAUCCUGAGGUAGACAUUCAGACACGUCCUCGUGUGUCGAUGUUGCAGAGGAAAAGACGCGCCUGACGUCUUCUGGGUUCGGUCGUAAGAGAGAUAAUCAGCGCCGUUGCUGACCGUUGACGUGUUUUAGUCUCAGGAGAGACACAGAUGAAGACCGGGGGGGACAGAAUUAAAGGGCAGUAAGGAAAUCGCUUUAGGAAAAACAUUAAGCGUCUGUUUCCUCUGACCAGGCGAAAUCCACGUAGUCAGGAGAGGCCAGGCCUCUGUAGCGCUUUCCAGAGUGAGGAUGGGAGGAAAGGUGAGCAUUAGGAUUCUGACAGCGGAGAGAUGCUGAACUGCAGGUUGCAGGAACGCUGAUAACCCAAGGCUGUAAUAUUUCAUUACUGUUGUAGAACGUCUCGGCUCAGGCUCAGGCUCAGGCUCAGGCUCAGGCUCGGCUCAGCUCAGGCUCAGGCUCAGGCUCAGGCUCAGGCUCAGGCUCGGCUCGGCUCGGGAUCUCGCACGCUGCAAGUUAAUUUUUUGCAGAGCAUGGUACCUGGAGCUCCGGCAGCAAUGCUCCCUGCCUCUGAAGCAGCUAAAAUCUACCAGACUAACUACAUCAGGAACUCUCGUGCUAUUGGAGUCCUGUGGGCCAUUUUCACAAUCUUGUUCGCUAUUGUGAACGUUGUGUGCUUUAUUCAGCCGUACUGGAUAGGGGACGGUGUCGACACCCCCCAGGCCGGUUACUUUGGCCUUUUCCAUUAUUGCAUCGGAAAUGGAUUGUCCCGGGAUCUGACCUGUAAAGGUAGUUUCACUGAGUUUGGCUCUAUUCCUUCGGGUGCUUUCAAGGCCGCGUCCUUUUUCGUCGGAACGUCCAUGGUUCUUGUGCUUUCCUGUAUCGGCUGUUUUGCACUGUUCUUCUUCUGUAGCACUCUCACCGUUUACAAAAUCUGCGGCUGGAUGCAGCUCGGCUCUGGUGUGUGUCUGGUGCUGGGCUGCAUGAUCUACCCUGAUGGCUGGGAUUCGGAUGAAGUGAGACGGCUGUGUGGAGAGCAAACAGGCAAAUAUACCAUAGGCGCCUGCUCUGUUCGUUGGGCCUACAUUCUAGCCAUCAUGGGCAUUCUGGAUGCACUCAUCCUCUCAUUCUUGGCAUUUGUGCUGGGCAACAGGCAGGAUGGGCUGAUGGCUGAAAAACUUCUGGCUGAGAGCAAGGAGGGUGGAACUGCCUAAAACAUGUAGUAGGAAGAUCAUCCGUCAUCUUUGCCGAAGAAAAAAA